AGGCGCCUUAUCAGUCGCAUUGUGAACUUAUUGUCUACAAAACUUGAGCUGGGAAGUCCAAUGAUCAGCUUAUACUUACUGAAAAAUCCUGACCAUUACACUAGUCAUAAUUUUAUUCCUUUUUACUGGAAAACAUAUGUCUCAACAGCUAGAUCUUUCUUUGACUAUACUCAUCGUCCUGUGCAGCAUGUCAACUAUAGUUUAUAUAACUGGGUCUGUUCUUUCUACAAGGUAGCAAAACGUAAAAGUAAGGAUGAAGUGUUAUCUGAUCUUGAAACUGAAUCAAAGUACUCUAGAUCUGCAAAAUCCACAAAAGGUCUACCAUUCUUAGCUGGUCAUCCUUUGGUUGAAACACAUGUCAUUUCUACUAGACGCAACUCAUCUAUGACUGUACCAAACUUUAUAGGAGCACUUCCUCGUCCCAAUAAAGAUGAUAGAGAGUACUAUUGUUGUACAAUGUUGACUUUAUUCUGCCCUUGGAGGACAGGAGAAGACUUGAAGAAAAAAGACCAGUCCUGGCAUGAAGCCUUUGAAGCUUAUGAUUUUUGUGAACAAAGUCAAUUAUAUAUGAAAAAUAUGAAUAUCCGAUUUGAAUGCUUGGAUGCACGUGAUGAUUUUCGUGCUCAAUUGAAGUCAGGAAAGCUU